CAAAUUUAUCGAGGUCCUGCUUAAACCCUGGUUGAAGACCAGAAGAAGGCCAAAACCCUAGUCAAUUACGGACCUGUAAGUCAGUGUAAUCAAACACAUUUGUUUCUCCCCAACUGAAAAGCCCUGUAAAAACUUCCAGAAAACGAGAGUGAGAAAGCAACCCUGAUUUGGUCACGAUGAGGAGAGUUAAUGGACUAGCCACUCUGACCCGGACAAUUGCCGGUGCCUCGGCUCAGAACCGAGUGGUUCAAGCUGCAAGGAUGAGCACAUGCUCAAGUUGGAAUUUCUCGGAGAGAAUUGCUGAUCGGUUUGGAAUAUCAAGUCCCUUUGUUGCGCGCGGUGUGGCAGGGACUAUGUUCUUCUCUGCCGCGGCAUCAUCUCUGGCGCAAGAGGUCCAAGCCAAGGAACUACCACCGGCCGAGAAGUUUCUGCCCAAGGAUGUCGUUCUCUACCAGUACGAAGCUUGUCCUUUCUGCAACAAGAUUAAAGCAUUCUUGGAUUAUAACAAUAUUCCAUACAAAGUUGUGGAAGUCAACCCUAUCAGUAAAAAGGAAAUCAAGUGGUCUGAUUACAAGAAGGUUCCUAUACUAACUGUUGAUGGAGAACAGAUGGUUGAUUCUUCAGACAUAAUCAACAAGUUGUUCCAAAGGAUUCAUCCAGAUAAGUCUAUUUCGGAUGAUGAUGAAGAAAGCAAGUGGCGUGGGUGGGUGGAUAAUCACUUAGUGCAUGUUUUAUCACCAAACAUUUACCGAACCACUUCUGAGGCUCUUGAAUCAUUUGACUAUAUCACUACCCAUGGCAAUUUCAGCUUCACAGAGAGGUUAGUAGCUAAGUAUGCUGGAGCUGCAGCAAUGUAUUUUGUGUCAAAGAAACUAAAAAAGAGACAUAACAUCACAGACGAGCGUGCAGCCUUGUAUGAUGCGGCAGAAACAUGGGUUGAUGCCUUGAAGGGUCGAGAUUAUUUAGGUGGCUCAAAACCUAAUUUAGCUGAUCUUGCUGUGUUUGGCGUUCUAAGGCCCAUCCGAUACCUGAAAUCUGGUAAAGAUAUGGUGGAGCACACUCGCAUUGGUGAAUGGUACUCUCGUAUGGAACAUGCAGUUGGGGUACCCACCAGAGUUAAGGCUUGAAAAGUUUGGUGAUUUUGUUGUUUGAGGCAACAUUGCUUACAACGGAUUAAUUUUCAACAUGGAAAGGGAACUGUAAAUCUUGAACUCAGUUAUGUUUUUAUCAUAUGUGAAUAAUCUCAUCAUUCUUGAGACUGUUGUCAUCCCCCCUCUCAUCCCGGAAAAAAAUUUGAUUGAGAAAAUUGCUAAACAUUUUCCCCUUUUUCAGUUAAAAAAAAAAACAGAAAAAGAAUCUAUUGUGAUAAAGGUCCUAUUUGGAAAUUCUUGCUGAUCCAGUAGUUAUUACAUAUUCGUCCAUGUUAGAGGUUUUAUGAUGUAUUUCUAAAUUUUUAUGAUCUAUUCCCUUCUAUCUGUCAAUAA